AUGCAGGAAGCGGAUGAUCCGUCGAGCUUCAACCUCACGAUCCACACAUUCGUCGGCGCCCACUCCCACCCCACAAACUUCAUCCACGCGCACCUACGCCCCCGCGGGCCCUCCAACGCUCCCAAACUCCACACCCUCGUAACCACCACAAUGGCGCUGUGGUCUGAGCACAUCGGAACCGACUCUGGCCGGCUGGACGACGUCAAGGCGCUGCACAAUGUGUUUAUCUUUGAGGAUUUGGUGGCAGGCGCGGAGCAGGGCUUUGUGGUGCCGCGAGCGGGAGGGGAGGGGGAGUGGGCGAGGGAGAAUAUGGGGGAGUUUGAGAGGAGGGAGAGGGAGGGGGAUGAGGGAAUGGGGAGGCUGGUUGGGGAGUUGAAGGCGAAGAUGGGGGAGUAG